AUGUGUACUGGAGAGUCAGCCCAAAUUGGACCCAGACUCUCGUCUAGCGAAGGCCUGGCAAUAAGGGACCAAGGCUGGGCUGAUGAUACUCAGGAUGUUUCUGAACGGAUCAAGGCAAGAGUUAACUGCCCACCUCUCCAACCAGUGGCCUUCCCCAGGAGCUCGGAUGUCAAUGCUGUUGCCUUGGAUAUGUUGCUUUACCGAAAACACAAUAAACAGUGGUAUGAUAAAAGUUACCAAAGCCUUGAACAGUUAUCAGCAGAAGUUAGCCUUUCUCAGGCCUCACUGGAUCCCAGCCAUUCACAAGAAGGAGAUGGGAAACAAGACUCAUUCAAUUUCAUUGGUGAAGGUAAAGAAGAUACUCCCUCACUGCUUGGUCUCUGUGGGUCACUAACAUCAGUGGCAAGCUACAAAUCCCUCACGAGCCUAAAAUCCAAUGACUGCCUUGCUAGCCCCACAGCUGAGAUGACAAGUCCAGGCCGAACUCCAUCCUGAAAGACUACGGAAAAACCCAAAGUUUCUGUAUUGUAUAUAUUCAGUUUCCAUAAGUUUGACUGCUGGAGAGAUGUUUGAAAUUUUAUAUUAUUCUGGAACACGUGUGGCAUUUUGUU